CCUCCCUCCCUGACGCAUUUUGCCGCACAAGCUGUAAUAUGGCGGCAGCGACGGCGGCCUGAACUCUGGGGAGCCGGGGUGAUUUUUGAUGCUUCAAAAUUGUUUGGAUCACUUUGUCUUUGAUUUUUCUCUGUUUAAAGGUUGAAAUAUUGGAGCCAUGGGAAUAAAAGUUCAGCGUCCACGAUGUUUUUUUGACAUCGCCAUUAAUAAUCAACCAGCUGGAAGAGUUGUAUUUGAAUUAUUUUCUGAUGUGUGCCCCAAAACAUGCGAGAACUUUCGUUGUCUUUGUACAGGUGAAAAGGGGACAGGCAAAUCAACUCAGAAGCCAUUACACUAUAAGAGUUGUCUCUUUCACAGAGUUGUUAAAGAUUUUAUGGUUCAGGGUGGUGACUUCAGUGAAGGAAAUGGACGAGGAGGGGAAUCUAUUUAUGGAGGAUUUUUUGAAGAUGAGAGUUUUGCAGUCAAACACAACAAGGAAUUUCUCUUGUCAAUGGCCAACAGAGGAAAGGAUACAAAUGGUUCACAGUUUUUCAUAACAACGAAACCAACUCCUCAUUUAGAUGGGCAUCAUGUUGUUUUUGGGCAAGUGAUUUCUGGUCAAGAAGUUGUGAGGGAGAUAGAAAACCAGAAAACAGAUGCAGCUAGCAAACCAUUUGCUGAGGUGCGGAUACUCAGUUGUGGAGAGCUGAUUCCCAAGUCGAAAGCUAAGAAAGAAGAAAAGAAAAGGCAUAAAUCAUCAUCAUCCUCCUCAUCAUCAUCCAGUGACUCAGAUAGCUCAAGUGAUUCUCAGUCUUCUUCUGAUUCUUCUGAUUCUGAAAGUGCUUCUGAAGAGAAAUCAAAAAAAAGAAAAAAGAAACACAGGAAAAAUUCCCGAAAACACAAGAAAGAAAAGAAGAAGCGCAAGAAAAGCAAGAAAAGCGCGUCUAGUGAAAGUGAGGCUGAAAAUCUUGAUGCACAACCCCAGUCUACUGUCCGUCCAGAAGAGAUCCCUCCUAUACCUGAAAAUAGAUUUUUAAUGAGAAAAAGUCCUCCUAAAGCUGAUGAAAAAGAAAGGAAAAACAGAGAAAGAGACAGAGAAAGAGAGUGUAAUCCACCUAACCCCCAGCCUGCUUCAUACCAGAGGCGACUUUUAGUUACUAGAUCUGGCAGGAAAAUUAAAGGAAGAGGACCAAGGCGUUAUCGAACUCCAUCUAGAUCCAGAUCAAGGGAUCGUUUCAGACGUAGUGAGACUCCUCCACAUUGGAGGCAAGAGAUGCAAAGAGCUCAAAGAAUGAGAGUAUCAAGUGGUGAAAGAUGGAUCAAAGGGGAUAAGAGUGAGUUAAAUGAAAUAAAAGAAAAUCAGAGAAGCCCGGUUAGAGUAAAAGAGAAGAAAGUAACCGAUCACAGGCAUGUGUCUGAGAGUCCAAAUAGAAAAAGCGAAAAGGAAAAGAAAGUUAAAGACCAUAAAUCUAACAGCAAAGAGAGAGACGUCAGAAGAAAUUCAGAAAAGGAUGAUAAGUAUAAUAAAAACAAGGUGAAGAAAAGAGCCAAAUCUAAAAGUAGGAGUAAAAGCAAAGAGAAAUCAAAGAGCAAGGAAAGAGAAACAAAGCAUACUAGACAUGAAGAAAAGAAGACGAGAUCAAGGAGUAAAGAGAAGGAUCAUGAGAAUGCUAAAGAAAAAGAAAAAUCUGAUUCUAAAGGAAAAGAUCAGGAAAGGAGUAGAAGUAAAGAGAAGUCUAAACAGUUAGAAUCAAAAAGUAAUGAGCAUGAUCAUAAUAAAAGUAAGGAAAAGGAUAGACACGCACAGUCUAGGAGUAGAGAACGUGAUGCAACUAAAAGCAAACACAGUUACAAUAGUAGAACAAGGGAACGAAGCAGAAGUAGGGACAGGAGCAGAAGAGUGCGAUCCAGAAGCCAUGACCGUGAUCGCAGCAGGAGCAAGGAGUACCAUAGGUACAGAGAACAGGAGUACAGGAGAAGAGGAAGGUCACGGAGCCGAGAGAGAAGAGCAACACCAGGAAGAUCAAGAAGUAAAGAUAGAAAGAGAAGGAGGAGAGAUUCACGGAGCUCAGAGAGAGAAGAAAGUCAAAGCAGAAACAAAGAAAAAUAUAGAAACCAAGAAAGUAAGAGUUCACACAGAAAAGAAAAUUCUGAGGGUGAAAAGAGAAUGUACUCUAAAAAUCGUGAUUAUAAUAGUUCAAAUAAUAACAGGGAUAAAAAGGCUGAUAGAGAUCAAAGUCCAUUCUCAAAAAUAAAACAAAGUAGUCAGGACAAUGAAUUAAAGUUCUCCACAUUGAAAAAUAAGGAGGAUGGGAAGACCAGAUCCUCAGUGGAAAAAGAAAACCAAAAAUCAAAGGGUCAAGAAAAUGACCAUGUACAUGAUAAAAAUAAAAAAUUCGAUCAUGAAUCAAGUCCUGGAACAGAUGAAGACAAAAGUGGAUGAGUGAGUUGUAUAAAAUUCUUAUUUCCAUUCUGUCUCAAAUUUUAAGUUGUAGAGAUUUUUGCUGAUGGAUCUCCUUUAUGUUGUUUUCCUUUUUUUGUUGUUUUUGGUUUAUGUUUGUCCUUUUUUUUUUUUAACGUGGACUUCUUUGAGUUGAUCUUUUGAUAAUCUGCAACCUGGAUAAUUUGUACUGCUAAAGUUUUAAUAAACUUGAAAUGAGAAAAACUUUGGUGUAAUACUGUGUGCUAUGUUUCACUAUUUCCUGUAUACACUUCUGUGUUGCAAACAACCAGCCCAUGGCAAACAUGCUAUUCUUCUGUACCCUAACUUGUGUAAUCAUCAGUUGAAAACAAGCAUAACUGAUUGUUGGAAUAUAUUGUUGCAAAAGCCUGUGUUUCUCAUGAUUAAAGGAACUUUAGAAGCCACUAGAUAGACAAAAUCUUGUGAAGAUUUUCUGAUUGGAUUUAUAAUACAGGCUUGCAGCAGCAGCUUUUAAUUAUGCAGAAGCAGGAUUCUAAUAGCUUGAGAUCUGAAGUCAUCACUUUUGAUUUUAUAGUAAUAUGUGCUUUAAAAUAGAUACUUAUAUUGUACUUCAUAUGCUGUUCUUUAUAGCUCCACAUGUAGCUUGUUUCAUAUGAAUAUUUUUCAUCUCUAGUUUUACUUAACUGUCUAUAAAAUAGUUGAGUAUUUUUUUUCAGUUGAUGUACUGAGUGAGCUUGACUUGCUGUUAUACAGCAUCUGACAAGUUAACCUUGGAAGAUCAGACUGUGAUUCUCAAUCUGUGUUGAUUUUGGUCUAAAGAGAUUAAACUUUUGCUUUUUGAGAACAUUGUUUUAUUAUCCUUCUUCAAAGUGUGGGGAAGGAAAGUGCAGGGGGGAAACCUUUUCUUACUAAAGCAUACCACUUGUACAACUCUUUACAUUAGACAGAUUUUAAAAGUUGUUAGUAUUGCCACAUUGACUUCCAAGAUUUCUUUUUGGCCACUGACCUUAUAUAAAGUUGAGUGUUAACUCUGCAUGUGUUUUUUUGUUUUGUUUAUGUUUUUUUUAACUGACUUCUCUAAUUCUCAUAGCUGUGAGUUUCAAGUGGCAAGAAAAAUGUAUCUUUUCUAUAUAUGUAUCCCAGUAGGCUUCAGCAUGUUUAUGACUCUGGUUUCUUUCUCUUCAGGUGGUUUAUAGCAGUACUGUUAAAAUUAUUUUAACUGGGCAUGUAUAACAUUGCCACAUAGAUAGAAAGUUGCAAAAUUUUAUAGCUUACAAAGUUAAAACGUUAAUGAUAUCUAAAGUCCAUUUAGAAUUUUAUGUGUUGUAUAUUGCUAUUUUUGUGAUGUGUGGCCUUUUAUUCUGUAAUUUCUCUUCUAAAUAAAAUAUUGAACAUCCAGCAAACACAAAACCUGCCUCAUUUGAAAAGAAAUUUCAGAAUUCCAAUUAAUAAGUAGCUUCUACAGUGUUUUGUAAUUUAAUAUUUGUCGGUAUAGUGUCAUCUCUAUUACCAGGGCAGCUUCUUGGUAAAAUAGUAGCUACUCAGUGCUGUUUGUACCGAGCGAAGCAAUGCUUAACGUAUUUCUCAUUAUUGAUUAAUACAUUGAUGAUAUUAUGGUAGCUGUUUGCAUAAUGAAUAGGGUAAUGAUUAUACGAUUGUAUGGAAUAUCUUUUUUUUUUAAUUUUUUAAAUUUUAUUUAGUUAUCUUUAGAAGGGAAGGGAAAGAGAGAAGGAGAGAAAUAUCAAUGUAUGGUUGCUUCUGGUGCAUCCCCUGCUGGGAACUGGCCCCUGCUGGGAAUUGGCCUGCAACCCAGGCAUGUGCCCUGACGGGGAAUCGAACCGCGAUGUUUUGGUUCACAGGCCCGUGCUCAAUCCACUGAGCUACACCAGCCAGGGCUGUAUGGAAUAUCUUGAAACAAAUAUCCACAAUGGAGUCUUUCCAGAUUGUUUUCCUGAUUGUAAAGUAGGUAUUUAUGAUUAUUUAGGAUGAUUGAUUCCUUUGAAAAUUUGACCACACACCUAGCAUAGGAAUAGUUGAGUCUUGAGUGCCCAAGCUGUAUAAUCUGUUACAUAUUUCAAAUUAGUUAGUGUUUUUUUUUUAAAUUCAGUAAAUUGCAUUUUUAAAAUCUUUGUUAUAAAUUAUUGGAGCUUUGAGAAAAGUUCUGUUUAAGAAAGGAUUUCUGUUAAACAGUUAUAUAUUAAAAAAACACAUGAUAGGUAAACAUACUCCUAUGCUGUCUGAUGACCCAGAGCUUAAUCUACUAAGAAUUAUAGGCAAGUAACAAUAGUGGGGGGACGUUUUAGUAAUUUCUGUAAGUAAUAAUCUUUUAUUUUGGUUAUCAGAAGAACAGCCCCAUGCUAAGCAUUAUUUACAGGGAUUUUUCUUUUUUUUUAAUACUGACUGGAGGGUGUAUUGAUUUGGGAGAGAGAGGGAAAAGAAAACAUCAGUGUAAGAGAGAAACAUCAGUCAGUUGCCUCCCACGUGUGUCCUUACUGGGGACUGAACCCAUAACCUAUGUGUAUGCCAGGGCUGGAGAUCAAAUGUGCAUCCUUUUGGUGUAUGAAACAACACUCCAACCAACCGAACCACCCAGCCCAGGGCUAUAGGCCUUUUUUUAUAAAAAGCUUUGUUAGCUGUUUUUAACAAUGGAGCAUAUAAUGGCAAAGGAAAUGAGAGGUGACAAUCAGCUAGAUUUUAUAUUCAGAAUAUAAACAACAUUUAGAAAAUGAAUAAGCAGCAUUUACUAUACCUUCCUCUGCAUCUGAAUAGCACACAGCUCAAAUGGUCCUUUGCUCCCACUGCAUUUUUAAUAGUUGAACUACCUUUAGUUAUUACUUUGAACACACUUGGUUUUCCUAAAAGUCAGCCUUUUAAUACCUUUUUUCAUUGAUUUUUAUUGCUAUGCCUGAACUUACAGUUUAGCUCAAACUGUCUUUGAUUUAAUGUCCCCUUAAAGAUACUUAAAUUGGUUUGUCUUUAUUGCUUGAUUGGCAGUACCCAAGAAAUAGAUUGAUGCUAAGUGAGCAGUAGAGAAGCUGCUUGGUUCUUUAAAACAGUUUCAAAGUAUAGAGUUAGAGAGCUCAUACACAGACCACUGUAGUUUCUAAACUUAAAGGCUUCACAGAAGUUUCAAAGAAUUUGAUCGGUAUUUCUCUACACAAGUGUGAUACUGAUUCUUACUGGCUUUGCUGAAUUGCUUUUGACUUUAAUUUAUUUGAGAGAAAGAGACAUAGAUUUGUUGUUUCACUUAUUUAUUCACUUGUUACUUUUUAUAUGUGUCCCAACCAGGGAUCAAACCCCCAACCUUGGUGUAUUAAGAUAAUACUCUAACCAACUAAGCUACCCAGCCAGGGCACCUUUGAUUCUUGUACACAGUGGUAGAUAGGAACCUGAAAAGUAAAACAUUCAUAAUAUUACAGAGAAGAACACAUUAGGUUUCUCAUAUUUUGAGUAGUGGUAUUAACUGACAAUUCUAAUUUGUUUUCAAGUUAGUAUAUGAAACAAGUUAGGUGUUUGUUUUCUUUGUAGUAAGUAGUUCAUUGUGCUUCACCUUGGGUGGCAGUUUUUUUCAUCAUACUUUGAACCUUUAGGAAGUUUCUAUAGAAACUUGUUCCAAGCCUUUGCUUUCAGCAGGAUUACUUUUAAUAUACACUAUAUGGUUGAUAGUUAUAAAGAAACAAAAAUGGGUAUUUUUCUGUCUCCUUCUUGGUCAUGUUUACUAAAAUUAUUCAGUUUAGUAUUUAUACAUUUAGAAUUGAAUAAAGUCUCCAAGAACUGUAGGUUUAUAAUCUGUUUAUUGUGAAAAGAUGUACUAUAUUACAAAUACUUAUUUUAAAAUGUAAUAAAAAUAAACUCUAGAAAGUACAGUAUUGGCUGACUCAUGCCCAUAAUGGGCUUUCCAGCUGCCUUUGAAGGAUUCGGGCAAAGGCAGAUUCUGGGCUGUGAACAUGACACAAGAAGUGAAGAUUAAAAGAAAAAUCACAAAUUUUUCUAAGUCCAUCAGCAAGGUAGAAGGGAGUUGUUGAGGCACAGGAGUAAGUGGUGGAUUUGAAUUGUGUUUCUUCUCCCCCCCCUUCUUGCUUAAAGCAGAUUCCUGUUUACCAAAAGCACAUGCUGUACAUUUCAUUCUCCUUUCUGUGUUUAUAGUGUUUUGAAGGAUUGAUGAAUGAAUUGGGUAUUUGUAUCUGGGAAUGUUAAAAGUUGUGGCUGCUUUCUGUGGAAGGGAAAAGCAAAUGAAGUUAAUGCACUUCUUUUCCAAGCUCAAAGUCACUGUGAUGUAUAUUUUUUUAAUGAAAUUUAGGAAUAAAGCUCUUGUCACAAUUGUAAAAUGUUUCAAAAUGCUGCUUCUCUUAUCACUAGUCUGGUAACUUGAACUGUUUUCUGCAAACUGCGUUGUACAGAAUUUAAACUCUGAAACUAUCAACUUUUAUAGUUAAACAUUGUAUUAAAUAAACUAUGCUAUGGUAA